AGUUCCGACAGUACUAAAUAAAUACCUGUAACUUGUUCCCGCUAUGUGUGUGCUGCAGCUAGACCACAUAGUUAUCAAUGGAUAAAUGAUAAUAAAUUCAUUGACAUGGCAAGAUUUUUUAUUAAACAUAUUACCGAAGUAAAUGUCCAAAACAUUUCGACGAAACAGCAUGGAUUGUCAAAUCGAAUCGGCUCAGUGCUGCUCAGCCAGUGUGUCUCAGACCUCUGUCAGCAUAUCAGACUUUUCAGAUGAGAUUUUAUUGAACAUCCUGCGAUUCAUCCCGAGCCAUGAUCUGAUGCUCAGUGUGAACAGAGUUUGCCGGAAGUUCAGAACACUGUGUCUGGAUAAGAGCUUGACAGCCCAUAUACACCUGCAUAAAAAUUACACGGCAAACGACAAUGCUGUGAAACAGGUCUUGAAGAACCUUUCCAGUGACAUCCAGACAUUGGACCUAAAUGGCUGUUACUGGUUGGCUGGCUCUACGGUGGACCAGGUUACUCGCUGUAAGAACCUGGUCAAUUUGGACCUCUCGGGCUGUCGACUGACAUCAGUUCGUCUGUCGCAUCUGCUGACCACCCUCCAAUUUCUGCGCUCGCUGGCUCUGGAUGUGGGCCCGGGGUUCGACCUCCAUCUGGUUAGCGCCGAGGGGAAGGCUGCAUUGUCACGCCUGCUGGAGCUUAAGCAGACGUUGCUGACACCCUCGUAUGGCGUGGUGCCGUGCUGCAGUGCGCUGCGCAGUCUGCGGCUCUAUCUGGAGGCCAGCGAGGGCUGGAGCGAAGCCGGCGGCUGCACGCAGCUGAUGGUGGGCCAAAGCAGCGUGCCACACUACCAAAACCUGCGCUGGUUUUCUGCACGCCUGGCACCCGGAGAGGUCAAUCGUACUCUUUUGGCACUCUACUUGGCGGUGUUCAGUAUGAGAGUGCCAGAGGGUCUUGCAGGACUGGUUCUGUUUGUGCCAGGGCCCGCCCCACCUAGGCCAGUUGCCAUGAUGGCACUGAUGGAGAGCAUGGUGUCAAGAAAUACGGUUAGUGCGCUUCAGCUUCCACGUACGUGGUUGGACGGUGCUAUGUUAGGGCGAGUGCUUGCGCACGGCUGUCCCGCUUACUUAAACGUCUCAAGGUGUUCUGCUCCUGGGUUCAACCCUCUGCAUGUGUUGCUUAGUGCGGGUCGCGAUCUCUCACCCCUACGGACUCUCAACCUAAGAGGUUGCGGCAGAGGCCCUGUCCCGGACAGCUGUGGGAAGGCCGAGGAGGAAAUGGACGCGGAGAGCGUCAAAGCACUUACUGAAUGUUGUCCUCAUCUAAUUCAUCUCAAUCUGUCUGCCACACACUACCAUCAUACUGUUCCUGUGGGACAGGAUGGGCACCUAUGUGGAGCUUUAGGACGUCUUGCCUUUUUGCGCACACUGGCACUUCCUGUCUGUGCCUUGGCGCAAUCCUCACCCACAUCUAUGAACACAACAGACUCCAACACGAAUGUCACUUCGGGGUCGCUACUGCUUGGUCUUAAGAAGAGCAACCGCAUCGGCGUGCCCACAUAUCGACCCAAAACAGAUGUCUCAGGGGGUCCGGGUGAAGAUCAGCAGGAGAGGGGACUGUGCAUUCAACCACUGCUUAAAGGUUGCCCACACCUGGUAGAGCUGGAGCUUAUCGGCGCAGGCUUUUCCUCCGCCAUGCCACGAAAUGAGCCGGCCAUGCGCAAGGACCCCGCUGCUUGUUCUUGGUCAUACAGUGUCGGAGAUGGUGAACUAGCUGCUUUAGGAGGACUGAAAUUUUUACGCAAGCUCACCCUUGCGCACUUACCUGGAGUAUUGAAGGGGACGGGGUUGAUUGAACUUGUUCAGGGGUGCAAGGAUCUUCAGUCGUUGUCGCUGGCAAAUCUGGGAUCCUUAAAGACCAUGAAUUACACACAGGCCCUGCUGGAGACCCUCACAUACUGCACACAACUCAGGGACUUGAGGCUGGAGCAGCCGUACUUUAAUGCGAGCGCUGCGUUUUUCGAAGCACUCAGUAAGUGUCGGCGGCUGCAGCGUCUGUGUUUAGUUUCUCGACAGGGAACCUUCCAGCCGUCUUCUGUGAUUGCUUUUAUGCAGAGCUGCGCUGAUGUCAUCAUGUGUCACAUGUUCAUGAGCGGGACCCUUGUCACCUGCAGAUUGCUGCAGAAAACCCUGUUGGACAGUUUUUUAUCAUCUCGUCCAGCCCUCAGUGUUGUGAUUUACCCUUUACUGCAUGAAGACCUGGCCAAUGUGAUCAGGGGAAUGCCACUGUGUCACCUGGACGAGAUCACGCUUUUCAAAAGCCGCAUUGCCGAGGAGCCAGUGAAACUUUGAUUGAACUAUAUAUUUCCUGGUGAUUUUACUUGGGAAACGCAUGACCAGGGAUAUCUUUAACACAGAUAUUUUGCAUUGUAUGAACUAUCAUGUUGGUUAAAAAGUUAAAUAUUAGUAGUCUGGUCAGGGUUGUUUAAGCACGAGAUAUCCUCGAGGCAAACUGAAAAUCCCAAGGUCAUGUUUUCCAGUAAAGAGCCGGUAUGAACAAACUCUGCACCUAUUUGAAAUGUCAUCUUUGUGAAUGUGCCAAAAUUAAACCUACUUUACAUCUCAA